AUGGCUCCCUACCCCUACUUCCUUUUGCUGGUUUUCGUUUUGCAAGUGACUCAACAGUUCCAAUUCUCAGCUCUGGAGCUCCCAUCCGAGCAGCUUGUGAGGCCACUCUUUGAUAGAUGGCGUCUCUAUCACAACAAGGGGUAUUCAUCCCAGGAGGAGGAGGCUAGAAGAUAUGAAAUCUUCAAGAAAAACCUCCAAAUGGUAUUAGAUCACAAUGCCAACAGUCUUGUGUCCUCAUACACCCUGGGCCUGAAUCAAUUUCAGACAUCAGUAGUGACGAGUUUGAAACGAAAAUGUCCCUCGGUGUCAAUGACAUUAGGUUCCCUAAGCUUUGCGAAUUUGCAGGAAAAACAAGGCAAAGUUUCUCUAAAAGAAUUUGAGAGCAUUGAAGGAACAGACAAAGCAAUCGAAAGAAACAUGUUGAAGGCAGUACGCAAUCAGCCACUGACUGCUGUUAUCGAUGGCUCAAAGGCCGAGUUCAAGAGCUAUGCUGGAGGGAUUUACAAAGGACCCUGUGCCGAAUCUGGAAGUUUAUCAGUGCUGGUUGUGGGCUAUGGUUCCGAAAAUGGAGACAAAUAUUGGAUCAUAAAAAAUUCGUGGGGAACUGAGUGGGGGGAGAAUGGAUACAUGAAACUAGAACGCAAUUCGAAUAUCUUUGGUGGACGGUGUGGAUUUACAUAAACGUGUUUUAUCCCACAGAGCUAGGGCCCCCUCCGUCACAUUUUCCUCCACCACCACCACCACCUUCACCGUCUCCACCGCCACCUUCACCAUCUCCACCACUGCCUCCGCCAAGGCAACGCUGCUAUACGCAACUAGGCAAGGCAGGAGAAGAAUGUUGCUGUUACUGGGCUCCAUGUAAGUUCUUCCACAUUUGCUGCCCAAAAGGCAAGUGUGGAAUUACCAUCUUUUACCCAUGCAAACUUAUAUGAAAAGGGGCUUUGAGCAAUAAACACAGCUGCUAGCCAUGAAACAUUGGCUUCCAGAGCUUCCCAAGCUGGUCCUA